AUGGACCUCAAAGCGUUGCUCCGCAGAGCCCACAUGUUCUCUUUGGAGGACUUCAAGACGCCGUGGGCCUCUGUGAGGGAGCUAGUGGUUAUAGAGACCCUUGAUGAUAAGGGUAAACCACAGGGAGAAGCCCUUGUCCGAAUGGACCAGCUUUACCAAGCUGACGCAGACGGUGCCUUUGCUAAGGUAAGCUAUGUGGCCUGCAGUGAUGAGUACUACCAGUGGUGGGUGGACCACGAUAUGGGCACCAAUACCUUCCACCAUUUUUGCAGGCAUGACACGCUCAAGGGCUGCAUGGCCAAGACAGGGCGUGAAGGGAUUGUCCAUGUGCUUCAGUGGACUCCCGUCACUCGGCCUGAAGCUGAGACCGUUCUGCGCGAGUGGGGCUACUCACCCAGCUUGCUCGGGAGGACCCCGAGGUCGUUGCCUGCGCCGCUUCCUGAUCGAAGAGUUGUGAGUGAGUCGGCUUCCAAGUCAUCGCCCUUGAGACCGCCACCAGGGCUGGAGAAAGCGAGAGCUCCGGCUCUCAGGAAUCUGGAAACUCGACCGGGGCCUGAUCAAGAUGAAGAACAUGAGGAGGAAGAGGAAGCACAUGACCUACGAGUGAAGAAGAGUGGUAGGGCCAGGCCUGUUUCGCCACCACCGCCUCCUCCAAGGAAGCAACGCCCUCAGGAUUCAGGAGGAGCUGCACUUGACAAGAUGUUGGAUGAAGAUCCUCAUGAUGCUGACAGUGACAAGUUGCGUGGGGAUGCCCAUGAACGCCUGGCCACACUGCGGGAGGACCUGCAGAGGCGCAAAGCGGCUAGAGGCAAGUCUGACCCAGGAGCCGUGCUUGCAACUCGUGCAGCUGCAGUGGCCGAGACCGCUGGGAAGAAAAGGAAGUCAUCUCAGGGCGACAAGAUGAUCUCUGCACUCACCAAGGCCCUCAGGAAGAAGACCGUGAAGGAGGAGAUUGAUUAUGGUGAUGAGGCUGGCCACUCAGGUUCUUCCGAUGGAUCAGAUUCUGAGGAAGAUGAGAAACGCCUCCUAGGUGGUAGCCUAGGAUCAGGCUCGGCCGUGGCCAAGCAACGUAAACUAAGGCAGCUGAGUGAGAAGAAACCAGGACGGCUUCUACAGACAGGGUACGCAUCGAUGCAUGAGCAGGUGGGCACGUACUUUGGCAACGAUGAGGCCAACAAGGAUGUGCUCACCCCAGUGGCGCUCAGGUAUCUCCUGAGUUAUGCCUUGCCGCAGUUCCGCAAUGGAGUCAGCCACGACAAGUACCGGGAACUCAGAACUCUUGCGACAUGCCUGGAUCACCUCGUGGCUGGUCAAACAGGACAGGCGGGAGAUUUCCUCUUGCAGAGAUACAAGGCACUGUUGAUGACUCAACGAGAUGGGAGCGAUGCUGCAAGCAGGUUCAUCGAGCUCUUGCCGGAAGAAGACAUGCCCACUAUGGCCAGCUCUAGUGAGUCCUACUUGGCGAGGAGCCUCGCGGUGCACCAGGAGCCCAACUCCGAUGAGAGAAAAAAGUGGCAGCCGAAGCCCACGUCGAGAUGUACGAGAUGGGAGCCUGACCAGACCAGACGUGAGGGAUCGAAGGGUCUCCUUCGAAGACGAGAGGGGGAGACCCCUGGCCCAUCAGAUCCCGGCGGCCUCAACCGGGAGAUUCAAAGCACUGAGAAAUUCAGUCCCGCGCCGGGAUGGGGAAAGUCGGAGCCACUGGAAAAGCAGAAUGAUGACACAGCUGGCACAGGAGGGGCCAGCCAAGGAAAGGUAGAUGUUUUUCUCUCGCAGUCAGCUUCAAUGUUGGCUGCCGAGGUCAACGAGGGUUGGCCUACCGUUUGCCCAGUGCUUGCUGGGGCCCCGGUGCCUGUAAGUCCACGUGAGUGGGAGAAGGGUCAUGGCAGAGGCCGUGUGGCCAGCUCUUGCUCGGUGCAUGCCGAACGUACAGGUGGUAAGGCAGAUGUUGUGGCCCAGGAGAAGCCUCUUUCGCCGGCUGCUAAGGGGGGCUGGAUGAAACAAUCCAGUGCGAUGCCCUUGGACGCGAGCGGUAGUGGAGGUGAGUUUUUGGGAUGCAACAGUUUGCAAGUGGGAAUCUCACUGGCUCAGCUCCUGCUAGCUCAUCCGCGAGACGGAGACCACGUGAUGGACUUUUUGCGCCAGACAGAGAAAAGUUUUGCUGACACGCCGACCCGAAGGGAUUUGCUACCCUUCCAAUUUUGUCCUGCAGUAGGAGCAGCCAUCAAGGAGUUGCAGCCAGGGCUUCCUGAUGCAGCUGUUGGUGGCAGCCUGGAUGCUUUCAGGACGGCUGACAAUGAGGUGCAGGUCCCAACUGCGAAGAUAAAUGCAACCAAAUCUGAGUGGUAUCGCGUUGUGAAAGAACUGCAUCAGCGGAAUAUCCUGGCAGUGAUCCCGAAGGAGGAGAUCUUUUCAGUGGAUGGUGUCAUGGUUUUGAACGGUGCUUUUGCCGACCACUGUCUCCUCUGGUCAUCCGACGAUCAGAAGGGAGCCUUCUACGCUUGGAAGUUGCCUCCAGCUUGGCGUGGCCUGAUGACGUUCAGGCAACUGGGGCUUCAACCACCCCCUGCAGGAGCAGGGUUCCAGGAAUGGCAGGAGUGGCGACGUGACAGGGCCGUGCCCCAAGACUCACAGCACCAGGUCACUCACUGGAUUCAGUAUUAUCUUGAUGAUUUCGAUGCCCCUGAAAUUGUUCACACUGCUGACAUUGCCUCCUUGCAAGGGACUGUUUCCGAGUUGCAGCGCCGACAGAGGGCGGCUUAUGAUGUCAAUGGGGUGGCCAUUUCCCUGAAGAAAUCUCAAAGCAGGGAAACAAAAGUCGUGCGUAUGGGGGCUGAGAUUGAUGGAGUGAAAGGUCUGCUGUCUGCUCCCUUGACAAAAAGACGAGAGGUAAUCGGGUUUGCUUUGUGGCUCUUUGGACAGCGUUUGCCCCUGGCGAAGGGCGCUCUGAUGGUGUUGGGCAGAAUGGUGCGCUGCUUUGAGUUCAGUGAGUUCAGGCGCCCCCUCAUGAGUGCCCUGAGGGACUGCUGGCCGACUGUGCCGCCACCUGUUAGGAUGCCGCUAAAGAGGGAGACGAUCCGUUCUUUGAUCAGAGGCUGCAUCCUUAUGCCCAUGGCAGUUGCCAACUUGAGGUCUCAGGUAGAUGGGCUGGUGAGCGCCAGCGAUGCAUCAGAAACAGGAGGUGGUUUGUGUGUUUCUCAUGAGUUAACCGAUGAAGGACGUGCCACCUUAGAGACCCUCCAGAGUGGCGCGUACGCUGAGUCAAGGAUGAGCCCUUUCCACGCGGCAGGUGAGAUGCCUGUAAAGGACCCAAAAGGUCCGAAAGUGUUUGUGCUUUCGCUUUUUGAUGGAGUGGCAGCAGUCAUGUGCGCUUUGACAAGGCUUCCUUGCCAGGUCGUGGGCUUUGCCGCGUCUGAAAUUGACCGUGAAUGCAAGCGGCUAGUGAGAAAACGCUGGCCUGGCGUUAUCGAACUUGGCAAGGUUGAGGACAUCACGGACACGGUGAUCACGUCCUUGGUGAACUCGCUGGGUUUUAAGAUUGAUAUCUUGCUCAUCUCUGCGGGGAGUCCCUGUCAAGAUCUCACAGCGUUGCUAGCUAACCGAAAGGGCCUGGAGGGGAACAGAUCGAAGCUGUUCUUUCAUAUCCCACGCAUCCAUGGACUCUGCAAACGCCGUUUUACGGGCCGCACAGCCCUGCUGGUGGAGAAUGUGUACUCGAUGACAGCGGAGGCACGAGAUCAGUUUACGGAAGUUUUGGGAGUGAGACCCAUCCUGAUAUUGGCAAGCGAUUUCUCUUGGGUAAAAAGACCACGUUUGUAUUGGGUUGACUGGGACAUUGACCCUCAGGCAGAUGAGAAGCUGAUUGACGAAGGAACUUUCCUGCGCUGGAAGUUUCCAGAUGUUAGGCAGGAGCAUGGCCACUGGGUUGACCCAGGUUGGGAGCAUCUUGGGCAGGAGUGCCUCCCCACCUUCACUAGAGCGCUGCCACGUGCAACAGCGCCGUUGCAGCCAGCGGGCAUCGCCACCGCGAGUCAUGAAGCUCGACAACGUUGGACACAGGUGGUGGCCAGCGUCGUAGCCAAAGGACGAACGUCCUCCUUUCGUCUUAGGAACCAAGAAAACCGCCUGCAAAGGCAGCACAAAAGAAGGGGCCUGAACCUGCGGGAGUCGCUCGUAACGCCCCAGCUGCUGAAGCGAUACCAGUUUGCCCUGAUCCACGUCACCCAGUUCUUUGCUGAUUGUGCAAUGGCUGUUUCAGCCAUGGAAGACCUGGAUGAGGCAGUGUGCAGUUGGAUCGAACACAUUUUCUUUGAAGGCGAGUCUAAGAGCUUGGCAAGUGAUGGCUUGGCCAGCAUCCAGUACCAUCUCCCACCAGCUGUGGGGAACCUCCGUAUGAGCUGGAAGUUGGCAAAAGCAUGGCAGAAGAUUGAGCCACCGGAAAGAGUGGUACCUAUUAGCCCUUUGCUCACCCGUGCUUUUGCAGGGGCAUGUAUCAUAGCAGGGAAAGUGUCCGAAGCUGCUUGCAUCUUAACCGCGUUUGACGCGCUGCUCCGGCCGGGUGAGAUCUAUCUGCUCAAGGUUAAGGACAUAUCCUUUUACUCGCAAAAUGCUGUCAUCACUUUGCGGGACACAAAAACAGGAAAACGAAAGAGUUCAGCUGAAAUGGUGGUGGUGGAAAGCCACCUGGCCCUGAAGUUCCUCAGACGUGCCUGCCAAAAUCGGGCGCCCAACAGCCCUCUUUUGGUUGACGGUGCACCAUCAUUCCGCCAAUUGUUCAAGAAUCUGGUUGCCCAUUUCCAACUUACAGGCCUCUUUGCAGUGUAUUCUCUCAGACGGGGAGGAGCUACCCAUGCCUUUUUGAUGCAUGGCAGCAUGGAAAAGACGCUCCUACGAGGGCGUUGGUCUAGCACGUCCACAGCCCGAAUCUACAUACAAGACACAAUCGCUACAGUUUCUCAACUGAAACUAACACCAACCCAACGCAUGCAUGCUAGGUUGGCCGCUCAAGCUUUGGAUCCAUGA